AUGGAGAACCGGCUGCUGGUCUGGCUCUGCGCGGUCGCAGUCCUGUCGGGGACCCGGAGCCCCGCGGCGGCAGCGGGGAGGAGCUGCUCCGACACCCGGCAGGUGUACUCAGAGAAGGGGUACAGCACCAACUCCGCUCCGGUGACUCAAAUCUCCGGUGAGCACCUGCGUCUCUGUCCUCAGGAUUAUACCUGCUGCUCCAGUCAGAUGGAGGAGACUCUGUCCUUCCAGAGCGAAAAGGAUUUUCUCAAAGCCAUCGAGGACAACAGCCAGUUCCUGUUGACCACAUUCACCCAGAGACACCGCAAGUUUGACGAUUUCUUCCGAGAUCUUAUAGAACUUUCUGAGAAGUCCAUGAACCAGAUGUUUACCAAGACCUACGGCCUGCUCUUCACUCAGAACGCGCACGUCUUCCAGGAGCUGUUUGUGGAGCUUCGCAGAUAUUAUUCUGGGGGCAGUGUGAGUCUGUCAGAAGUGCUGUCAGAUUUCUGGUCCAGACUGGUGGAGCGAGUCUUCUCUCUGGUCAACCCCCAGUAUCAGUUCAGCGAGGACUAUCUGGAAUGUGUCAGCAAACACGCUGAACAGCUGCAGCCGUUUGGUGACGUUCCCCGCAAACUCAGAGCACAAGUGUCGAGGGCGUUCAUCGCAGCCAGAGCACUUUCUCAGGGCUUGGCUACUGGUCGGGAUAUUGUGAGCAAGGCCACAAAGCUGACCGUAGAUUCGGAGUGUGUGCGUGGCCUGAUGCGUCAGUGGUACUGCCCCCUGUGUCGUGGCGUGCCCUCCCUGAAGCCCUGCCGUCCUCUGUGCCUUAACGUCAUGAAGGCCUGUUUAGCCAACCAGGCUGACCUGGACACAGAGUGGAACAAAUUCAUCGAUGCUCUGUACAUGGUUUCCGAGAAGCUCGAAGGUCCAUUUAAUUUUGAGCUGGCUGCUGACGCCAUCUCUGUAAAAGUGUCGGAGGCCAUAAUGCACAUGCAGGAAAACAGUGUCAGCAUCUCCAGUAAGGUGUUCCAAGGUUGUGGAAACCCCAGGCCAGCUCCAGCACGAUCCAAACGCUCGCCUAAAGAGACGGGAGGCAACAGGAGACCUUUCCGUACUUACACCCCCGAGGAGAAACCCACCACCGCUGCAGGCACCAACCUGGACCGACUGGUUACCGAGCUGAAGGAGCGACUGCGGCCCAUGCAAGGCUUCUGGGUGUCCCUCCCACACACCAUCUGCAACGAUGAGAAGAUGGCUGCCGACGUCACUAACGAGGACCGCUGCUGGAACGGGCAGACCCGUGGGAGGUAUUUGAUGAGUGUGACAGGUGACGGGCUCCUCAGCCAGAUCAACAACCCCGAGGUAGAGGUGGACAUCACCCGUCCUGAUGUGAGGAUCAGACAGCUGAUCAUGGAGCUCAGAGUGGUGACCAACAAACUGAGACAUGCUUACAAUGGGCAGGACGUGGACUUCAUGGACAGUGAGGAGGGCAGUGGCUCUGGAGGUGAAGAUCAUGGGGAAAGGUACAGUGAUGACUGGCCGGGGUUUGGGCCUUACUCUCCGCCUUACGGUAAACCCCCACGUAACCCCGUCACCAGUCCUGCAAAACCUCCCCGAAGCCGGGACAGAAAUGGGUCCAAGUGGAACCGAAACAACGGACGGGUCAAAUCCACAGCCAACCUGCACACCCUGGCCCUGGUUCCAUUCGUGUUUUUGCCUUUUGUGAUCACUGUCGCCCCCUUGUGGAGAUAG